AUGAGUCUGCGCUUCCACAAGACUGCUCCCCUCAUCACACUCUACCACAAUCCCUCCUCCCCAACCUCCCUCCACGCCCUCGCCCUCCUACAGCGCGCCCAACGCAGCGGUGACAGCAGCAACAGCUCGGGCAGCAGCAGCAGUGCAGCCUACUCCAACUUCAACAACCCUACCGAAUCAUCCGGAUCGGAUUUCCUACGCGAAGCUUCCUCUUCUACCCAUGGUCUCGAGCUGCAGCUAGAGGUCAAAGAGAGGGCAAAGGAGCCUCCUACACCUGGCCAAGUGCAGACCAUACUGGGGUACCUCAAGCAGGGUGGUGAGGGAAGUGGAACUGGAAGUGGGGGAGAAGAGUCCGGGUUGGGAUCGAUACUGGGAUUCGGGCUAGGGGAGGCAAAGGCAAAGUCAAGAGCACACAUCUCGCGGGAAGACCCUGCUGCUAGUGCUACUCCUCGCCGUACCCCGUCCGCAACGGCUAGCUCAGACCCUACGCGCCUGUCACGGGGGGAGAUGCUCACAAGAGUGCGAGCCUACCAGUCCAACACUGCCACUUCCGAUGCUACCACAUCCACUCCAUCCCAACUCCAACCCGAACCGCCAAUCGAGGACCCACCCUCUUCCCAGUCCCAGUGGUCUCAACUAGACGAUUCUGCCCUCGUCUCCCGUCUGAAGGACUCGGACUUACUCCUCGUCGAUUGGGAUGGUGGGAGAGCAGUCACUGAUUUGGCUGGAGUGGAGAGAUUGGUGGGACAACUCAGGGAGGAACAGCAGGAGAGGGUGGAUAGAGAGAGUGGGAACAGAGGAAGAGGAGCAGGAGGGGGAGGGUGUGUGGUCAUGUGA